GAGCAAUAAAUCAGAGAAGCCGGAAAGCUGUGAUAAUGUGAAGGUGGUGGUUAGGUGCCGGCCCCUCAAUGAAAGAGAGAAAUCAAUGUGCUACAAACAGGCUGUCAGUGUGGAUGAGAUGAGGGGAACUAUCACUGUACAUAAGACUGAUUCUUCCAAUGAACCUCCGAAGACAUUUACCUUUGAUACUGUUUUUGGACCAGAGAGUAAGCAACUUGAUGUUUAUAACUUAACUGCAAGGCCUAUUAUUGAUUCUGUUCUUGAAGGCUACAAUGGAACAAUUUUUGCAUAUGGACAAACUGGAACAGGCAAAACUUUUACCAUGGAAGGUGUUCGAGCUGUUCCUGAACUUAGAGGAAUCAUUCCAAAUUCAUUUGCUCACAUAUUUGGUCAUAUUGCAAAAGCAGAGGGUGAUACAAGAUUUUUGGUUCGAGUAUCUUAUUUGGAAAUAUAUAAUGAAGAAGUUCGGGACCUUUUGGGCAAGGAUCAGACACAGAGGUUAGAGGUUAAAGAAAGACCUGAUGUGGGAGUUUAUAUCAAAGAUUUAUCAGCUUAUGUGGUAAAUAAUGCUGAUGAUAUGGAUAGAAUUAUGACACUAGGCCACAAGAAUCGUUCUGUUGGUGCAACUAAUAUGAAUGAACAUAGUUCCCGAUCCCAUGCCAUCUUUACAAUUACUAUAGAAUGCAGUGAAAAAGGCAUUGAUGGUAACAUGCAUGUCAGGAUGGGGAAGCUCCAUCUUGUAGAUCUUGCUGGUUCAGAAAGACAAGCAAAAACUGGAGCUACUGGACAACGCCUAAAGGAAGCUACAAAAAUCAAUCUUUCACUUUCCACCCUUGGUAAUGUAAUUUCUGCCUUGGUUGAUGGAAAAAGCACUCAUGUGCCAUAUCGUAAUUCCAAAUUGACUCGUCUUCUUCAGGAUUCUUUGGGAGGAAAUUCAAAAACCAUGAUGUGUGCAAAUAUUGGGCCAGCAGAUUACAAUUAUGAUGAAACUAUCAGUACGUUACGGUAUGCUAACCGUGCUAAGAAUAUUAAAAAUAAAGCUAGAAUUAAUGAAGAUCCAAAGGAUGCUUUGCUUCGUCAGUUUCAGAAAGAAAUAGAAGAACUGAAAAAAAAGCUUGAAGAAGGAGAAGAAAUAUCAGGCUCUGAUAUCAGUGGUUCAGAGGAGGAUGAUGAUGAAGAGGGUGAGAUUGGAGAAGAUGGGGAGAAAAGGAAAAAAAGGAGGGACCAAGCAGGUAAAAAGAAAGUCUCCCCAGAUAAGAUGGUUGAAAUGCAAGCAAAAAUUGAUGAAGAGAGAAAAGCACUUGAAACAAAGCUUGACAUGGAAGAGGAAGAAAGAAACAAGGCUAGAGCAGAAUUAGAGAAACGGGAAAAAGAUCUUCUUAAGGCCCAACAAGAGCAUCAGUCUUUGCUAGAAAAAUUAUCUGCCCUGGAGAAGAAAGUAAUUGUUGGUGGGGUUGAUUUGUUGGCGAAAGCUGAGGAACAAGAGAAACUUCUUGAAGAAUCUAAUAUGGAACUGGAAGAAAGGAGGAAAAGAGCAGAGCAACUUCGUAGAGAACUUGAGGAAAAAGAGCAAGAGCGCUUGGAUAUUGAAGAAAAAUACACCAGUUUGCAAGAGGAAGCUCAGGGAAAGACCAAGAAAUUAAAGAAAGUUUGGACUAUGCUGAUGGCUGCAAAGUCAGAGAUGGCUGAUCUCCAGCAAGAACAUCAGAGGGAAAUUGAAGGCUUACUGGAGAACAUUCGACAACUUAGCCGGGAGCUUCGACUUCAGAUGCUUAUUAUUGAUAACUUUAUACCUAAGGAUUACCAGGAAAUGAUUGAAAACUAUGUCCAUUGGAAUGAAGACAUAGGAGAAUGGCAGCUAAAAUGUGUUGCCUAUACAGGAAAUAACAUGAGGAAGCAGACUCCAGUCCCUGAUAAAAAAGAGAAAGAUCCCUUUGAAGUGGACCUUUCCCAUGUGUAUCUUGCCUAUACUGAGGAGAGCCUACGGCAGUCCUUAAUGAAAUUAGAGAGGCCACGGACUUCAAAGGGAAAAGCCAGGCCAAAGACAGGGAGAAGAAAGCGUUCUGCAAAGCCUGAAACUGUAAUUGACUCUUUACUUCAGUAAAUGUUACAGACUCAAAAUCACAAUAAAAAUUAGUGAUAUUUUCUUGCCUGGACAGAAAUCUUUAAAACACUGAAAAUUUUUGUGUAAUUUCAAAUAACAGAAGCUAUAAAUCAUGGAGUAAGAGUGGAACUAAUAAUUUACCUAGUAACUUUUAGUCUCUAUAUAUUAAUAUAAUAUUAGAAUUGUACAACUGGUAAUUCAAAUUGUUGUAUUACUCUUCAGUUUAUACUGUGCAGUGACGUUGGGGAAACAGCUUAUGCUAUGGAGGAUUGCAGUUUGAGUGUUUACAUGUAUCUGCUAAUAAUUAACUACCAUAUAUACCAAUAACCAGAUAGUCAAAACAGCAAAAAAUGUAUGUGUCCUGAUUUGCAUACAGAAAGUAGUAGAUCUGCUUAUCCUGUGUUGUGCUGUUGUAUAUGAAUGUAUGGGUUGCAUAUCUAAGAAAUGAUUGAAUACUAACACCCACCCAGCUUGUUAAAUAUGUUCCAGUUUUUAUACUAACAUUCAUUGUAUUUUAGGUAUUAGGUGACUGAUCUUAUUGAUCUGCAGAAAAUUUUGUAAUUCAACAGCCAAUAUUUGGAAAUACAAUGUUUAAAAAACAAGAGUUGAAAGCUGUUUCAUCUGGACCUCUUUGACCUUUUUUGCCACUUUGACUUCAAGUAAAAUGCUUUUUUGUUUUGGUUUCAUGGUCUCCUGAAACAUUGAAUUUGUACCUAAAUAUGAAGAAGUCACAGUUGCACAAAAUUAAGAAGCUAAAUUCUAGUUACUAAUCUUUGUCCAUAUGUGUAUAUUUUUUAAAGUUCAGUUUGAAGUAUGACUAAUGGAUGCUAUCUUGUGUCUGAGUUCUAAAUUUUGGUAGAAAUUGCUCUGUACCUUCCAGUUGAGAAAGGUCCCCAUUUUCCAGAAAAAGCAACCAAACCAAGAAAAAUACCUUUUAAUCCUUUGCCUGUAAAACACUGUUUUUCUUCAUAUUUUAUAAGUAGAAAAUAUUCUUCCUUGAACUUCUUUUGACAAAACCAAUUAGACCAUGUUCCUCUAAAAAUAAAAAUUAUUUUUAUUUUAUAGCAAAAUAAAUUGUUAAGUGUUAGAUCGUUUAUUUUAUUGGCUGCUUACAAUUGUUAAGUUACGCUACUCCUGAACCAUUAAUAUAUCUUCUGUGAGUUUUAAAAUUAUGUAAUCAGUCCUGAAACACAUUGUUUGCAAGCUUUGAGACUUCAUAAAUUAGUAUUUAUAAAGUUAACAUGAAUGUUUUUAAUUAUAAAGCUAUAGAAUAAGGAUGAGUGUAGGUGACUUACUUUUGAGAUGGUGGUAAAAGUGUGCCCAGAAGUUUAAAGUACAUUCCAAAGGUGAUGUACUAAAAGGUGGUACCCUGUGUAUGGUGCAUAUUUUCUAGGUGAUAAGAACUGCAUUUAACUGGCAGCAUUUUCUUUGUAAUAUGUAAGAUAGAUAGAAGUUUAUCAUUUUAAUCUGUGAGGCAUUGUUUAGGUACUAUGAAGACUUGAGGUGAAUCGUGUAUUGUAAAAGCUUUGUGUGAGAAGAAAAUCUUGGCAAUUGUAGAUACAUAUUUAACUGUUAGUAAUUACUCGAGAGAAAUCUUAAUUUUGCCAAUAGAAAAAGAAGAGGAAUACUUCUUUUAAAAGUCCAUGUUUCUAGCCAUUUAUCAUCCAGUUAAUAGGAAAGGAAUAACUUUGCAUUAAGCUUUAAAACAUUAUAGAAAGUUGAAGCCAAUGUGUUAGAUUUUAUUUCUAUUCCACUACAUUGCAGGGGAAAAAAUGAAAAAAAGAAAUCUAUAAAAGUCAACACACCGAGAAAUUUGAAAAACAGGCUGCUUUAGCAUUUUUAAAAAAGCAUUUACAUUAGAACUGAUUACACCAGAAGGACAUUAUUCAUCUUUUGACAUACCAAAAUGAGAUAUUUGAGCCAGGCCUGAAUAUCCAUAU